AUGGAAGCUAGCAUCGCUUUGGGUGCAACGUCUACCAUCUUCAGAAGAAUUAUCCCCAUCUUAAUACUUUGGGAGCUUUGGAAAGCUAGGAACGGGGCCAGGUAUGAUGGAAUCCCUAUGCUCGUGAACAAAUGUUUUCUACGCAUUAAGUGGUGGAUUAAUCUCAUCCUCGAGGGCGAUCCGGUCCUAUUGCAGAUGAUUCCUAGGCUGAUCUUGAGAAGACAGCCACCGCUUUGUAGGGAGUUUCUAUCGAGCAUUGUGAAAUGGACGAAGCCGGCGAGGGGCUGGGUGAAACCAAACAUGGAUGGAUCGUCAAGAGGUAAUCCGGGUUUGGUUGGCAGGGGUGGGAUUUAUAGAAGAGAUGAUGGGAGUUUCGCUUUCACUUUCUCGAGAGGAUAUGGGGUGACCACGAACAAUAGAGCAGAACUCCGAGUUUUCUACGAUGGUCUUGUUUAG